AUGGCGGCGCGCCUUGUGAUGACCUCGGAGCUGCUGCUGUGGGGUGCACCGACGGUGCUCGAGGAAUUGCUUCAGAGAGAGCGGCAUUGGCUUCUACCUCCAUUGCUGGCAGCAUUUCGGACCGGGUCGUUCUUGGUGACUCUGCAGAUGAUGAGAGUCGUCAAUCUUGUGGGAUGUGGCACUAUCACAAAUGCUGCAGAGGCAUUCUGCCAGGAGGCUGGAAACACUGGCAUGGCAGUAGAUUCUGAUGUUGACAAUAUCAGUGCAAUGGUGCACAGGAUUACAGCAGUCCUCCGGUCAGAGGCACCUGGGCCGUCGGUGGAGCGGAAGCUUGAGGGACUGGGUGCUAAUUACACUCCGAACCUUGUUAACAUGGUGCUGAAGAGGUGCUUCAAGGUCAGGCAACUGGGAUUCUGGUUCUUCCACUGGGCAAAGCGACUCCCGGAUUUCCACCACACUACAGAGACGUACAACACAAUGCUGUACAUCGUGGGCGAAGCGAGGAGCUUUGGUAUCAUGGAGGAGCUUGUGGGCGAGAUGGAUCAGGAGAUGUGCCCCAAGGACAUCAAGACAUGGACGAUUUUAUUAUCCAGUUAUGGGAAGGUGAGGCAGAUCGGCAAGAUGCUGUCAACCUUUGAGGCGAUGAGGAAAUCGGAAUCCAUCUUGAUAGACAGUAAAGUCUAUAGGACAGUUCUUCACGCUUUGUGCAAUGCUAAUAAGCCUGAGCUUGCUCUUGAGUUCUACAAGGAUAUGCCCAGCAACGUGGAGGUCGGGACUGACAUUCUUCGACUACUAAUGUGUUGUCUUGCAACAUCAGAUAAUACUGCUGAAGGUGCCUAUCUUAUCAGAGAUGAUAUGAUUGAGGGCAUGAAACAUCCAGAGGAGUACUGCUACACGGAGGCUCUUCGAAGCUUUUGCAUAGCAGGAAAGCUUGGUGAUGCAUGGAAAGUCUUUCAGAAGAUGAAUAACAAAUCGAUGGCUAACUCAUAUGCACUUGAGAAUCUCCUGAGAGGGCUCUGCAGAGCAGGGAGAAUGGAUGAAGCUUUGCAGGUCACAGAAUACAUGAAGAGGAUAUCAGAUCUAAAUAGUACAACGUUUUCGUUCCUCAUCAAUGGCUACCUUAGGAAAGGGGAGCAUAUCAAGGCAGUUGACUUGCUACGGGAGAUGAGAGAAUUUGGAUGUGUUCCACUGGCAUCAUCUUAUACCCAGGUCAUGCAACACCUAUUUGCAAUCGAUCAGUGUGAAGAAGCAUGUGGACUGUUUGAAGAGAUGCUAAAGAACAGUGUUGAACCAGAUAUUGUUACGUUCACAGCACUGAUUUGUGGGCAUGUUCGCAGCGGACAUAUAUCCAAAGCAUGGGAUGUCUUCAGGAAUAUCAAUAAGAAUGGUCAGAAACCCACAUUGAAAGCAUAUACAGUGUUCAUGCGAGAGCUCUGCAAAGUGUCCAGGCACCUUGAGGCCGUAGCACUUCUGAAGGAAAUGCUGGAAUAUGAUUUCAGGCCUUCUGAGACAACUUUCUGCUGGUUAAUUUCUUCUUUACGCGACAAAUCCUAUUUGGAAGAGGCAAGUUAUGUUGAGAGAAUGCGGGCAUCUUUUAAUUUGCGAAACCCUAGAGAUGAUCAAAAUGGUAAGGUCUCCGGUUUCAUGCUUUCUGAUGACACACAUCAGAAAGAACAACAGGACUACAGUGAUGGAGACGUCGAAGAAAUAUGUCGGAUUCUGUCUUCUUCUGUUGAUUGGGGCUCAACGCAACAGGUACUGGAGAUGAGAUCAGUCCAUUUUAGUCCUAAUCUUGUUGAUGCCAUUUUGAAGCAUUGUAAAAGGAAUAGCUGUGCUGCUUUGCAAUUUUUCUCAUGGGUUGGGAGACGACCUUACUACAUCCCUAUUACAAAAGCAUACAAUACUGCUAUGAAACUUGCGGGUUCUGCAAAAGAUUUUAAGCACAUGUGGUAUCUGUACAAAGAAAUGUUAAGGACCGGAUGUUCCCCAACCGUGGAUACAUGGAAUGUCAUGGUCUGUCAGAAUGGCAAUGCUGGUCUGUCUGAAAAGGCCUUGAAGACAUUCUGUGACAUGAAGAAGUGUGGGUUUCUGCCUGAUAAAACUACUUACAAUCACCUGAUAAUGUACCUCACCCACAGCAAAGGGCGGAAAAUAGAUGUGGCAAUCACAAUCUUCCAAGAAAUGUGUCAUGCAGGCCAUAUACCUGAUAAUAGGAUACUUUUCAUGUAUCUUUUGGCUCUAUGCGAGUGUAGGAAAAUAGCAGAUGCAACAAGCUCCGUAGUAUCCUUAUGUGAACAAGGAUUUUCUGUGCAGGCUGGCUACUCUAUAUUCCUUAGAUCAUUGUGCAGGGCUGAUAGAAUGGAGGAAGCUCUCCAUUUGUUCGAUUGUAUUGAGGAACAUGGUUGCUCCAGGGAUCAGUACAUGUACGGGAGUCUCAUCCAUGUUUUGCUAAGGAGGGACAAAUUUGAAGAUGCUGUUGCCAAGCUUACAGAAAUGAAGAACGAAGGGAUACUUCAAAGCGCACAGAUAUAUACCUCCUUCAUUGUUUAUUACUUUCAGAAGAGAGAUGUUGUCAAGGCAUUGGAUGUGCUCAGGGAGAUGAAAGAGAAUGGAUGUGAGCCUACAGUUGUCACAUACUCUGCUUUGAUCCGUGGCUACAUGGCCAUGGGUAUGGUUUUAGAGGCUUGGGAUGUUUUCCAACAAAUGAAGCUGAAAGGACCUGCACCAGACUUUGAAACCUACUCCAUGUUCAUGUCAUGCCUAUGCAAAGCAGGUAGAUCAGAGGAUGGGUUGCAUCUUAUCCAUGACAUGUCAGAUUGUGGUUUCAUUCCCAGCACAGUAAACUUCAUGACUUUUGUCCAUGGUCUAAAUGUGGAGGGCAAACAUGAGCUUGCUGAGUCUGUUCUACGAAAUCUGACACAUCAGCAUGGUAAACUAGGACCAGAGAUGGAGAAAGAUACUGUUAGAUGUUUAGCCUCAAUGCCAGGUCUAGGAAUUUUCCGCCUCAAACGAGAGAGCACUAUCAAGUUAUGGGCAUUGACGGGUCUAAUUGCUAGUGGCAGUGAGGAUUGCUCUUUGAAGAUAGGGAAAGUGUUGGGCACAUGCUUCUGCCUAUCAGCAGCUCCCAACAUCACCGGUACCGGUAGGGUCCUCUGGCUAAAGUUGGCAUCGCUCGGCGGGGCUCCGGCCUCGGGCAAGCGUGAGGCGGCGUCUGCGGGCGAGCACACAGCAGCGAGGCCGGGUGGCCGUGGGCGAGCGCGCAACGACGGCGAGUGCGCGGCAAGCGGUGAGCGGGGCUGCCGGUUGGAGCAGGGGAAGUGGCGUUGUCUCCCGCGCGUCGGCGCUAGAGGAUGCGCCAGUGGUGUCCAUCGGCGAGGGGCCAGAGGAGUUUCGAGCUGGUGGAGGACGACGAGCAAGGCCAGCAACGUGCUGCUGGACGCGUCCUUCCGCGCGCGGCUGGGCGACUUCGGACUGGCGCGAGUGCUCGACGACGACCGCGAGGCCUUCACCGACCUGCACGUCGCCGGCACGUGCGGCUUCAUCGCGCCCGAGUACUCCGUCGGCCACAAGGCGUCGCGGGAGACGGACGUGUUCGCGUUCGGUGCGCUCGUGCUGGAGGUGGUCACGGGGCAGCUUGCGCUCCGCGCCGGCGACCCUCGGUGCCCGCUGCUGUCGGACUGGGUGUGGCAGAUGCACGGCCGCGGCGCGCUGCUCGGCGCCGUGGACCAGAGCCUCGGUGCCGACGAGUUCGACCACGACGAGGCCGGACGCCUGCUGCUGCUCGCGCUGGUGCUGCAGGUCCUGACCUAG